AACUGUAUUAGGGAUGUAACUGCUACAAGAUGUUUUCAUACUUAAAUUUUGAGUAAUUUCCCUUUGAUAAUUUUCUGAAAAUAGAUGGAAGGCUAAAGGUCACUUCCUGUUUAGGGUCACAUGGGAAACACUCUUCAUUUUAACCUCAGCUUCCACACUGGAAAGACUAGAGAACAUUUUCAAAUUCAAUCUUUGAAAAAUCUAAGCAAUCUAAAUAUUUUGGUUUAUUUUAAAUAAGUUUAAUUAAAAACAACAAUGCCUGGAAGAGGUAGAGGGACAAAGAGGAAGGCUACAAGGGAGGAGGAACCAGAAAGAUUAACUUUCCUGGAAGACAGCAACCCUGCAUCAAAUAAUGGACAGAUUUUGGUCUCUUGUUCCAAGCGCCAGUCCGACAGCAUGCGCAAUGGAACCCCGACUUUGGCAAAUAUUCAGCAAAGGGCUGUUAGUUUAAUUAGCUCAAGCAUGUCUGAGAAUACAAGAAUGUCUUAUACAACAGCCUUAAAUCACUUCAGUAACUUCCAUGAAAUCUCUGUAUUUCUGCAUAUUGGGGGGAAUAAUAUUGUUAAUAUUGUUAAUACAAAUGUGUGUAACAUCAUUCGGCAACUGAAAUUUGAAAUAAGGUAUAUUUUUGAAAACUUCCAAAGUGCGAUAAUUGUAUGGGUUUUUAUUCUGCCGAGAUUGUCUUGGUUGUGGCAGGGUAAGGGUUCAGAUUUGGCCUGUAUGAAUAGAAAAAGACAAAGAGUAAACAGGUCUAUCUCACAGUUUAUGUUGACCCAGCCCAAUGGUAGAUCUUUACAUAUCAAAUCUAUUGACAAGGACACACCUGGUUUUUUCCGUGCAGACAAUGUGCACUUGUCUGACAUUGGUAAUGAAAUGUUUAUUUUGGCUGUGUCAGAAGCCGUUUCCUUAUUUUUAAAUAAUGAGUCAGAUACAUCUCAGAAGUAUUUAGAAGUCUAGCCUAAAAUUUUGGGGGACAAAGUGCAAACACUUUGUUGUGGCGGAAAAUUUGUAGGCCGCUGACAAUCGAAUGGUGCAACUCUAUUUUUUAGAAAUAAUUUAAAGAAUUAAUAUGUUUUAAAUAUUAAACUAAGGUAUGGAUUUACUCUCUUCAGAAUAUGGCUGACAUUAUUGUUCAGAAAACCAAUUUUGGAGGGACAAUAUCCUAUAAUUUCUUUUAUUUUUAAUUAGCAUGCUUUAAGUCUGCUCGGAACAGGUGGGCUUAUUGCGGAGAUAUAUAAUAGUUUCUUUAGUAUUUAUCAAUUUAAGUAGCAUAUUUUUAAUUUUAGAUAUUAUGGAAAUG